AUGGUGGAAGUCGAAGAACUUGAACCACUUGAAGACGAAGAAGAAAUAAGCUAUGACGACCUCAAAAGGCGAAUGUGGAAAGAUCGAAACCUCAUGGAAAAGCUGGAGCAACGGAAACGAUGCCAGAACGACGUCGUUUCGUUGACAACGCACCGAGCGGAAGCCUCAAGGCGCAAGAAGAUGGCUCGUUCGCAGGACUCGGUGUUGAAGUACAUGAUGAAGAUCAUGGAAGUGUGUCAAGCGAAAGGGUUUGUCUACGGGAUCGUACCGGAAAAGGGUAAACCGAUAACCGGUUCUUCCGACAGCUUAAGGCGUUGGUGGAAAGAAAACGUUCAAUUCGACCAAACCGCUCCAAACGCUAUUACCGAUUACCUAACACUCGCGGCAGCUGCUGCAGCGGAGCUGAUCGAGAAGAAACCAUCAAGCUUGUUACACAUGCUACAAGAGCUACAAGACACGACUCUAGGUUCGUUAUUAUCAGCGUUGAUGCAACACUGCGUGCCGCCACAACGGCGGUUUCCGUUAGAGAAAGGAAUCGCUCCGCCGUGGUGGCCGACGGGGACGGAGCUUUGGUGGGGAGAACAAGGAGUGGCUCACGAGCACGGUGCCCCACCGUAUCGAAAGCCGCACGAGCUGAGAAAAUCUUGGAAAGUCAGUGUUCUCGCGGCUGUGAUCAAGCACAUGUCGCCAAAUUUGGGGAGAGUGAGACGUCUCGCUAGGCAAUCGAAAUGUUUGCAAGAUAAGAUGAUGGCUAAAGAGACAGAUACCUGGUCUCGUGUCUUAAACCAAGAAGAAGCUCUUCUCAGUAUCAAAGAUCUCAAGAUCUUGAAAGAUCAAGAUCAAGAACCGUCGGGGUCAAAGAGAAAAGGUGGUUUCAUGGAACCGUCUAAGAGUGUUUACACUUGCCAAAACUCAAGCUGUCCUAACAGUGAGGUGAGUUUUGGAUUCGUGGACAAGAACUCGAGGACGGGUCACGAGAUCCAGUGUCUAUACGGGUCAUCCACUCAAGAAGCGAGCCAGAGCACGGACAAUAUAAUCUCCGUGCUUGAAACGGCUCCAAGUAUUGUUACUAAUUCGUCUAGUGAAGAUGAUUACAGUGUGAGCUCGAGUGCAAUGGACGAUCGAGAUGUAAAUCAUCAUCAUAGCAACAAUGGGAAUUGGAUGGAUUGUUUAUGGUUCGAGAGGAUGCAGCACGAAUUUAAUUUCUCUAGGAGAUUCGAAGAUGAUGAUGAUGAUGAUACUGGAAUGGAUCUGAACCAAUUCCCGGAAUCUGGUCAAGAGGACAACGUGAACCAGAGUAAUUUUUCAGUUUGGGACAUGGGUUGUGAAGACAAAGACAUAUAUAUGUUGGACUAUUAA